GACAUAUCUUAGAGAUAAAUAUAAUGUAACUAUCGAUAUACAUAAUGCAUAAACCCUAGGACUCUAAUCGUAUCGUUGUAUAAAAGUAGCAUAAUACAAACACACACAGUUUUAUCAGAACUAACUUUCUUGGAAAAGGAUACCUCUAUAGCGAUGUCCCUAGGCCGCCGCAUUAACCUUCUGGUUGGCCUCUCAAAGUCUCUACAAUUCUCAACUCGUCGUUACAUGUCGACCAGCGUCGCCUCAGCCACCGUGGCUCGCUACCCACUUGGAAAAGACCUCUCCUGGCUUCCCAGGAACCCCACGUCCGAGGAUGUAAACCUGUCGGCGGAUCUCGUAAAGGGGCGCCCCGUUUCUCUGCUAUACAGAGUCUUGACGAUGAUUGAGCUGUCAGACGUUGACGGAGCCAUCGAGUUGGCUCGCCUCUCUGUCUUGAAAGACGUUGGUCGUCGCCACGACACCAUCCUCAUAUGCAACGCCGUCAUCGGGGCCAUGUGCCAAGCGAAACGUUACGAAGACGGCAUCGCUCUGUUUCAUUACUUCUUCAACGAGAAUAACAUCGUCCCUAACAUCGCCUCAUUCAACCACGUGAUCAAAGCCUUUUGUGAGCUAGGCCGUGUCGACGACGCCCUUCAACUGUACCGUCACGCUGCUCGGUUCGGUGCAGACAAAGAGACAUUCAGUGUUUUGACUCAAGCCUUGGUCGACGCCUAUGGCUACCGUCAAGCAAGAUUAUUCGUGGGAUUAAGUAGAAGCUUGAUUAUAACAGAUGACUGGACGCCCAUGCUCAUUGAGAUUCGUGGGCGCUUGGAUCAGAUGGAUGCUGAAGAUGCUGAUGAUUACUUCCACAAGUAUAGGCUGGAAUACGAUGAUUUGGUGGAUUCGGCCGGAGUUUUCAAAUCGAUUGCUACGAUAUUUGUAGAAUAUUGGUUCAAACAUGGCAAUGACGAGAAAGCUAUAGAAUGCUAUAGCUCUAUCCGUACUUGGGAAAGCUUGCCUGCCACUACUGGGAACUCCCUUUUGAGGAUUUUGCUAGCACAUGGCAAGGAAGUAGAGUCUGGGGCCUUGUUCGAAGUAAAGGCUAAGGACUUGUUCCACAGCAUGUUGGAGAAACACAAACGUUUUGAUUCAGAGACCAUUAACAUAAUGGUGGACUACUGGUUCGAGAUUGGCGAGUUUAACAAGGCCAUGGAGACAUUCAACGAGUCACAACAGGGAAGAAAGAGAAUGGUUGGGUGUUAUAGUAACGUGAUCGCCAGGCUUUGCGAGCGCGGGAUGAUGUCGGAGGCUGAAGGUUUGUUUGAGGACAUGUGUUCAGACAAAGACUUGUCUCCUCCUCCUGAUGUGUCCACAUUCAGAUCCAUGGUCAAUGGAUAUGUUCGUGCUGGAAGAGUUGAUGAUGCCAUCAAAACCUCGAACAAACUAGCAAUUUUGAAACUGCGCAAGGUUUCUAUUUAUGAGGACUGAUGUCUCUUCAAUUCCCUAUUGAGUGACUACUUGUCGCUGUAUCAGUUUUGCUUCUUACCUUGCUGGAGUUUGAGCUGACUAUUGCUCUCAUCAUGCUCAGCUCAUUGUACCCUCGUGGUUGUCAAGAAACCUAUGGUCAAGCACUAGAAGUAAAUAAUAUUUGAUUUGCAGUGUGCUUCUGAAAGAAGCUCCUUAUUUAGCUA